UGAGCAGCUAAUCAGCUAUCUAGCUAACUGAUGUUAGCGGUGCACGUUUAACAAACUGAGCUGAAGGAAACUUUAGCAGGAAAGCUAAUGUGGGAUGUUGUUCAGAGUCUGUGGCUCCAGUGUUGUGCAGCAGGAUGCGUUUGUCAAAAAUUAUGUGACAUAUGUAUUUUUCCAUCCUCAAACUGAUACAAUCCAACUUUUCAGUUAUGCCCUUGUAAAUCCCAAAUGCAUGAUCUGUCUGCUGUUUGUAUAAUUUGUCUGUUACAUAUUUUGCUACGUGUGUAUUUGUCUUUGGCUCUUUAUCCUCUUGAUAUUAAUCUCAUUAAUCCUUCCCCCUGUAGUUGAGUCAGUCUUUAGGCAUUGUGCAUGAGGCUGUUGAUGCAUUAAAGCCAAAAGCUUAGAGUGUGACAAACUUAAUGGAUGAUGUUUUAGACCAAACUGGACACAGAGUGUGCUGAGUAUAUUAAAGGUCGUCCAUUAGUAACCCAAACAGUGGAAUUAAUAGAGGAAAGGAGGAAAGAAUGAGUAGAUGGAUCAUUUGGGACGGUUUUAUUCUCCUGUCUCUGAAUUUCUCUUUCACUUCAACUUCAGAAAUUCUGCUGGUAUAAAGACAAAUUUCAUUGCUGAUAUUGCAAAUUCCAUUUUCAAAGUAAACUCUGUAAACAAAUCAGAGACAGCAGCUGGAUUUGGAAUCAAUCUCAUUUUGAAGGGAGCUGAAUAUCCUGACACCAAUUUGAGGUCACAACACUGUAGCAACAAUACAGUCCUGUCCAAAAUCAAGCUACCAUGACUAUCAUUGGAGCUGGCUUUGAUGACCAGUCCCUCAGCAGUGAAGACAGUUUCAACUACUUCUUCACAGACACAGAGACUGCCAAAGAGACAGUCAAAGGCUCAUACUUCCUGCGUGCUCAGUUGCUCCGUGGCCCAGACGCCUCAUACCGGUACCUCGAUCCUUCCCAGCAGGCCCUGAUUAACGUAGGGGGCAUCCGUUAUGCCAUCCCCUGGAGCACCCUGGAGGAUUUCCCCCAGAGCCGCCUGAGUUGUCUGAGUUUCUGCUCCACUCUAAAGGAGAUAGCAGAGUUUUGCGACGACUACGAUGAGAUGCGACAUGAAUUCUUCUUUGACCGUGACCCUUUGGCCUUUCGAGCCAUCCUCAACUACCUGGCAAACGGGAAGCUACGGUUGCUGCAUGAGGUCUGUAACAUGGCCCUACAUGCUGAGUUGGUGUACUGGGGCAUUGACAUAGGACAGAUGGAGUUUUGCUGUCGUCACCGCAUGAUGUGCUCUGUGGAGGAGGUGGCCGAGUACCAGCACAAGGAGGAUGAGUGGAGGCAGAAGGCGAGGGCACUGAGGGCAAGGGCACUGAGGGCUCCUGUUGCGGAGGGCGGCCUGUUCCAUAUGCUGGGGGAAGCAGUGGAAAACCCUCAUUCAGGCCUAGCAGGAAAAGUGUUUGCCUGCCUGUCUGUCAUCAUGGUGGUGGUCACUGUGGUUAGCCUGUGCAUCAGCACCAUGUCAGACCACCAACAGGAAGAAGCCACAGGUGAAUGCUCCCAAAAGUGCCGCAACAUGUUCGUGGUGGAGUCUGUUUGCGUUGCUUGGUUCUCCUUAGAGUUUCUUGUGCGAUUUUUCCACGCACAGAGCAAGCUUGACUUUGCCCGUGACCCUCUCAACAUCAUUGAUGCAGCUGCCAUCUUGCCCUACUACAUCUCUCUGUUUCUGGAGCUCAGGGAUGAGUCUGUGCAGGAUAUUGUCGCUGGUGCAGGAAAGAGCAGCAUUGAUAAACUGGGCCUAAUCCUUCGAGUGAUGAGGGCCUUGCGUAUCCUGUACGUGAUGAGACUGGCCCGUCACUCUAUGGGUCUGCAGACUCUGGGGUUGACCAUCCAACGGAGUAUGACUGACUUCAGCCUGCUGUUGCUCUUUAUGUGUGUCGCUGUGACUCUCUUCUCCCCGCUGGUCCACCUCUCUGAGAGUGAGCUGGCGCCAAAUUCUGCCAGAUCCCCGCAGUUCAGCUUCAGCAGCAUCCCGGCAUCAUACUGGUGGUCCAUCAUCUCAGUGACCACGGUUGGGUAUGGCGACAUGGUGCCGCGCAGCAUCCCCGGCCAGCUAGUGGCGCUGGUCAGCAUCUUAUCAGGGAUUCUCAUUUUGUCUUUUCCUUCCACAUCUAUCUUCCACACCUUCUACCGCACCUACAUCCAGAUCAGGGAGGAGCACAAGAGGCUGUGGAAGGAGAAGAGGGGGGUAGAGCUUGCUGCUGAGGCUGAAGAAAGCAUGAAAGAAAGAGAAACCUGUCCUGAUAACUGGCCAGAAACUGAUGUUUUUGGCAGGUCUCAAUGAUCCUUAUUUCCUCCAUGAAAGACAUUACAGUGCUGGCUCAGAGCAAGACUCAUGAACCUUUUCUUUCUCCAAUAGCUUGUAGCUUGUAGUCAGGGUCACAAUUCAGAUGUCUAUGA